ACCGACGUCUCUACUACUCUCUCUCUCUCUCUCUCUCUCUCUCUCUCUCUCUCUCAAACAAACCCUAGAAUACCGAAUUCCCUCUCCUCUCUUUCUCUCUCUACAAAUCAAUGGCGUCGUUCGCUGAAGCUCCUCCCGGAGAUGCCAAGGUCGGAGAGAAGAUCUUCAGGACCAAGUGCGCUCAGUGCCACACCGUCGACAAAGGCGCCGGCCACAAGCAGGGACCCAAUUUGAAUGGCCUGUUUGGGAGGCAGUCUGGAACAACACCUGGGUACUCUUACUCCGCUGCUAACAAGAACAUGGCUGUGCAGUGGGAGGAGAAGACAUUGUAUGACUAUUUGCUGAAUCCCAAGAAGUACAUUCCUGGAACCAAGAUGGUCUUCCCUGGAUUGAAGAAGCCACAGGACCGUGCUGACCUCAUUGCCUAUUUGAAGCAAUCAACUGCAUAGGCUGCCUUUGUCAACUUCUCACAUUUUGCAGUCAUUGGAGGUUUAUACAAACGGAUGGGUACUAUUUUUUGUUGCCAAUAAAUUAGGCCAUCUAGGUCUGCAAUUCUUGUUUGCAUAUCGAGCUUGCUUUUGCUUUUCUAGGAAAGAGGUUGCUGUAAUUGGCAGCACAACAUUCAAAUUCAGUUAGCUGUUGUGACUAGAUUUCUUGAAGUUGGUGAAGUACCAUCAACUAAUGAUAUAAAAAUUCAUUGCAACAUUUUCUAU